CUGCCGCGUGACGUCGCGAGGGACCAGGAAGUUGCCGCUACGCCCGUGAACUGAAAUCCGAGGCCACGCCCGCUUGAGCUGCUAUACCACUCUUGUUUUGAGAAGCGACCUGCCCACAACAACAAUAACAACAAGCUGUCGCUUCCUCUGUCGAAUUUGUCUGAUGGAGCAAAGGCACUCGGCGCAGCUCGGUACCAAAAGUCAACAAUGCGACCGGUGUGCAUACAGCACGGAUCGUCCUGGACAUUUGACAAGGCACCAAAGAACUCACACAGGAGAGAAGCCCUUCAAGUGCACUGUGUGCGGCAACGCGUUUUUAGAUUCAUAUACUCUUGUAAAACACCAGAGAACACACACGGGAGAGAAACCCUUCAGGUGUAGUGUGUGUGGGAAGGCGUUUGCACGUUUAUCUACUCUUGUAGCACACCAGAGAACACACACGGGAGAGAAACCCUUCAAGUGCAGUGUGUGUGGGAAGGCGUUUUCAGAGUCAUCUACUCUUGUAACACACCAGAGAACUCACAAGGGAGAGAAACCCUUCAAGUGCAGUGUGUGUGGGAAGGCAUUUGCACAGUCAUCUGCUCUUGUAGCACACCAGAGAACACACACGGGAGAGAAACCCUUCAAGUGCAGUGUGUGUGGGAAGGCGUUUGCACAGUCAUCUGCUCUUGUAGCACACCAGAGAACACACACGGGAGAGAAACCCUUCAAGUGCAAUGUGUGUGGGAAGGCGUUUGCACAUUCAUCUGCUCUUGUAAUACACCAGAGAACACACACGGGAGAGAAACUCUUCAAGUGCAGUGUGUGUGGGAGGGCAUUUGCACGUUCAUCUGCUCUUCAUGCACACCAGAGAACACACAUGGGAGAGAACCCUUUCAAGUGCAGUGUGUGUGGGAAGGCCACGGAUCGUCCUGAACAUUUUACACAGCACCAGAGAACUCACACAGGAGAGAAACCCUUCAAGUGCAGUGUGUGUGGAAAGGCGUUUGCACGUUCAUAUACUCUUGUAGAACACCAGAGAACACACACGGGAGAGAAACCCUUCAAGUGCAGUGUGUGUGAGAAGGCGUUUGUACAGUCAUCUGCUCUUGUAGAACACCAGAGAACACACACGGGAGAGAAACCCUUCAAGUGCAGUGUGUGUGGGAAGGCGUUUGCACGUUCAUCUACUUUUGUAGAACACCAGAGAACACACACGGGAGAGAAACCCUUCAAGUGCAGUGUGUGUGAGAAGGCGUUUGUACAGUCAUCUGCUCUUGUAGAACACCAGAAAACACACACGGGAGAGAAACCCUUCAAGUGCAGUGUGUGUGGAAAGGCAUUUGCACGUUCAUCGACUCUUAAAAAACACCAGAGAACACACACGGGAGAGAAACCCUUCAAGUGCAGUGUGUGUGGGAAGGCGUUUGCACAGUCAUCUGUUCUUGUAGAACACCAGAGAACACACACUGGAGAGAAACCCUUCAAGUGCAGUGUGUGUGGGAAGGCGUUUGCAUGUUCAUCGACUCUUAAAAAACACCAGAGAACACACACGGGAGAGAAACCCUUCAAGUGCAGUGUGUGUGGGAAGGGGUUUGCAUGUUCAUCAAAUCGUCAUUUACACCAGAGAACACACAUGGGAGAGAAACCCUUCAAGUGCAGUGUGUGUGGGAAGGCGUUUGCACAGUCAUCUGUUCUUGUAGAACACCAGAGAACACACACGGGAGAGAACCCCUUCAAGUGCAGUGUGGGUGGGAAGGCAUUUUUAUAUUCAUCUCCUCUUGUAACACACCAGAGAACACACACGGGAGAGAAACCCUUCAAGUGCAGUGUGUGUGGGAAGGGGUUUGCACAGUCACCACAUCUUCAAAGACACCAGAGGACACACACGGGAGAGAAACCCUUCAGGUGCAGUGUGUGUGGGAAGAAGUUUUCAGUUUCAUCUAAUCUUGUACAACACCAGAGAACACACACGGGAGAGAAACCCUUCAAGUGCAGUGUGUGUGGGAAGGCGUUUGCACAUUCAAUUACUCUUGUAGAACACCAGAGAACACACACGGGAGAGAAACCCUUCAGGUGCAGUGUGUGUGGGAAGGCCUUUAAACAUUCAUCUGCUUUUGUAGUACACCAGAGAACACACACGGGAGAGAAACCCUUCAGGUGCACUCUGUGCGGGAAGGCGUUUGCACGUUCAUCAAUUCUUCAUGUACACCAGAGAACACACACAGGAGAGAAACCCUUCAGGUGCACUCUGUGCGGGACGGCGUUUGCACGUAAACAAAUUCUUCAAAAACACCAGAGAACACACAAGCAUCAGAAUAUCCACAAGGAGUGGAGUCUGAAAUCAGCUUGUGAAAGUCAAAGUGCCGCAAUUAGCCCAUCCCUCAUGAAACAAGAACCGGAAGAAAAUCCCAGCUUGGACACUUUUAAAGGUAUCGAGGUGAAAUAUGAGGAGGUGAAAUAUGAGGAGGUGAAAUGUGAAGAAGUGAUGGUGAAGAGUGAAGAAGUGAAGGUAAAAUGUGAAGAUGAAGAUUCAACUCCAAAAUCGGACCUUCACAUUGAUGGAGGCAACGUGAAGCAGGAGGAGAAUUCUCACUGUGAGGCAGAGCGAGGCAACUCCCAGCAGUUUGUGGAAGUGGAGGUGUGGGUGGACUUCCUCUGAGACAAUACAAAGUCAAAUGGAGACCCGGUAGAUGUGUAAGCUUGAGACGAUUGUUCUCCAAUAGAUGCACCUUUGUCACAGACCUUUAAUGACAAGAAAGAAGUUGAACCAUCAAUUCCUAGGUUCAACUUGCAGGGUAAGAGCGGCCAGUGUUUGUGGACGUGUGGGUUGGGUAGAUCUCUAACCAGGAGCGAGAACCAAUACACUCCCAAGCAUUCACUAUGUUCUAAUAAUUCCAUUUAUAUGGUGCUUAAUCGCCCGGCAAUUCAGAGUUUUGUACCGUAUCGUCUCAAACACUCGAAGAGCAUCCCCAGGUAGCAGCUGCCCCUGUGUGGCAUAAGGUGGUGGCCCUGCACCGGCCUGCAUGUGGACAAGAUCCUGUUUGGAAUUUGCUCAAUUUUGACCCAGACGCCAGCAUGCAAUGGCCUACUCGUUUUGAAUGGCGCAAUAGUAUGUUGUACAUAAACUGUUAAGCAGACGGUGCAUAUUGUUUUUUUAAAUAGCUUCUUGUUAAUACGAUGUAACCUGUUGCAGUAUAUUUCAGUGCAGUAAUUCAAUUUUGUUAAAAUGACUCCAUAAUUUAGAAUGAAUACUUGAAUGAUUGAUUGCGUACAUGUAACAUUUUGUCUAUAAGGGUCAAAUAUUGAAUAAGUGAUGUUAGGACAAAGAGUGUUUUGGAAUAACCUGUAAUGAUAACUCGGGUGAGACCCAUUCUUCUGAUACAGGUCAAAGGGUAUUUUUGUGUUUUUAGGAAGCGUCUGCCUCUGGAGCAACUCAUUGUCUUUGAAAUAGGGAGCACACACCUACGUGACUUUACCGAAAAAACCUAAGAUUAUGAAUCCUUGCAGUCACGGAAGCUUCAAAUCUAGAAGAAAAUGCCACUCAAAAGUUACACGUAGAGGAACAUUCUCUACAACACGAAUUAUAAUUGUGUUUUACGUGUUGACGUAGAUUUUGUCUAACUAGGACGAGAAAUGCCCCUUGCUGAUUAACGUCUGGAUGUUCGUAACUAUCGGUUGAAGCAAGCCCGGCUGCUCUUGAGACGCUGUGCACCAAUAAGGCUCCACAGGUGGCUUGCAUUGAAUCAAUGAUGCACUCCCAGAAGACUGUGCUAGUUAUAGUUUGUGUAAAACAUUCCUUUGUUUCGUGGAGAGAUCGAUAAAUGAAAGAUGUCGUGUCUGCUGGUCUGCUUCAUAGCUAGGGGGUAAUUUUAAGAGCACAUUUGAAAUGCAUUUUUGGUACAGAUUUGUAUUAGGUUACAAGGCAGAGCACAUCUAGUAGAUACAUUCUCCACACAACACUCAUUCGAAAUUUGCAUGACGUCUUAUAUGUUGGCGAACUAGGACAAAAAAUGGUCCUUGCCGAUUAACGUCUGGAUGUUCACAACCAUGGGUUGAAGCAAGCCUGACCGCCUACAGCCCCCUCACAACCAUUUACGGCCUUGGGCCAGGAAAGUCACGAAAAAAAUUGCGCACGAACGACGCAUCCACGCAAACUCCCGAUGCUCCGUUUUGAAUUAGAUAAUUUUAUUUCUUCAUUAAAGCUUAUAUAAUUUUACAUCUGGAAGCCUUCAUUGAAAACAUUUCGCGUGAAUUUUCUCUAGUCGUUAAGUAGAUGGCCUUACCGGGGUUCGGUUCGAUGCGGACUUUCACCUGGUUGGGAUUGCAGGGUGGAGAUGAGGCGACAUAGAGCUGACCGUGCCAGAAAACCGCCGUCUCCAGAUCGAUUCCAACGUGAGCUAACGUCUGUCCCUGCGCCUCCGUCAUUCAUGCAGGGGGCGCGUAGGUUUGCAGCGCCCCCUGCAUGAAAACGAUGGAAAGUGCAGCGUUCAUCACAGAUAGAUGAAGUGCGCUGAUAUAAGAGUAUGAGCGGGAAGUACCCGGCGUUGCCUGGGUGAAAAAGACACACACACACAUGGGCUUAGACACACAUGCACAGACAUUCGCUUCAGAUACACAUUGAGUUACACACGCAAAUCGACAUACACACAUACAGCGACUCAAACACGUAGACUCUCACACACACAUGGACCUAAGCACACAUGGAUUUACACACAUCGACUAAGAGACACACACAUGGACCCACGCACACACAUGGACUCGCAUACAUAUAUAAUAUAUAAAAUCGUGAAUCUGUCUGUCUGUCUGUGUGUCUGUGUGUCUCCGGACCAUACGCACUUUCAUUGGACGCCGGUUGCCCCUGCCAACGGCUAGCGACGCCUUCGCCGCUUUCAUUGGACCUGGCAACGGCUAGCGACGCCUUCGCCAAGGGCUGCAGUUUCAUUGGACGGCGGUUGCCCCUGCCAA